UUUUGCACAUUUGGUAGUCGGCAGAUUGGAAGAGGUUAUUACGUGUUUGACAAGCGGUGGAACCAUAUUCGAUGUGCACUUGACUUCAUGUUGGAGAAGCAUCUUAAUUCACAGAUGUGGAAGAAAAUUCCUCCAGCAUCUAGUAACACAGCAUCAGUUCGUGCACCACAUCGGACAAACUCGGUGCCUGCUUCACAGUAUGGUGUCAGUGCAGCAGGUUUCCUCUUACCCACCACGGUUAUGUCAUCGCCAGCAUUGGUAUCUCCUUCCUGUGUGUCUCUGAAUAAUAAAUCGGUACCAUCACAUGGAACGACACUAAAUGCCAAUCCUGCUACUUUGGGUGCAGUGGAUCCUGUCUGCAGUAUGCAAUCAAGACAAGUGUCUUCAUCCCCUUCAACACCUACAGUGCUUUCCUCUGUACCUUCACCUAUGCCCAGCAAACCUCAGAAAAUGAAAUCCAGCAAAUCUUUUAAACCUAAGGAAUCUUCUUCUGGCAGUGGCACCUGUAACAGUACCGGCAGCGUCAGUAGCAGCAGCGGCUCAGGAAAGAAGCGUAAAAACAGUUCCGCACUGCUAGCACCUUCUCAUUCCACAGAGUCCUUUAGGAAAAACUGUGUGGUUAACUCUGGAAACUCUGGGACCUCCUAUCAUCCGUCGGUGACAGCUUCGUCCCACAGCGUUGGCCUCAACUGUAUGACUAGCAAAGCUAACUCUGUUAGCCUCAAACAUGACCAAUCAGGGAGGGGUCCUCCGACUGGAAGCCCUGCAGAAUCGAUAAAGAGAAUGAGUGUGAUGAUGAACAGCAGCGACUCCACGCUCUCCUUAGGGCCGUUUGUUCAUCAGUCCAGCGAGCUGACUGUAAAUUCACACAGCAGUUUUUCACAUUCGCAUACUUCCCUUGACAAAUUAAUAGGAAAGAAAAGAAAGUGCUCACCUGGCACUGGCAACAUAAACAGCAGCAGCAGCAGCAGCAAAUCAAAUAAAGUUGCCAAAUUGACAUCGGUGAACAAUGUUCAUGCAAAACACACUGGUGCAAUUCCAGGGACUCAAGGACUGAUGAACAAUUCUCUGUUUCAUCAGCCAAAGGCACGUCCCUGAUAGCUGAAUGCACCAUGGUGAGAAACGAACUGGACAAUUUUCACUACAAGCAAAACCUCCAUCUGGAUUUCUGGACUCCAAGAUGCCUUGAGUUUUCCCAACUUCCCAUGGUCCUCAGGUGUGGAAAUCUACUGGACUGUCACUUAAACAAGGAAUUUCCCUGAAGCCAUGUCUGUAGCAGCGUAUAUACUAGAAAUGGACACUGGAUGAAGUUCAGCCACAUAAUUGCUCUUAUCAGUGUUAACGGUGGUCUGGACUGUUUGCUACAAAUCUGUGAGAUUUUACUUACAGGAGUACUUCAUCUUGCCACUAUUUGACAUAGAUUAGCUGGGCAAACGAAUGUUUUCUGGGGGGAAAUAAACGUUACUGUGGACUUAUUUUUAUACUGAUGGUGUCUUUUGUAGGUGAUAGCUAACCAGACGGACACCCUCAAUGGAGAGGACCCCGUGACAAGGGGGAAAAAAUGUGUGAGGCACAAUGGAAAGAAGCCCUCAAGAAGGGAAUAUGGCUUUAGUGUUUUUAUAGCAAUGUUCCUU